AUGGCAGACCCCAAGGCGCAAGCAACCGAGUUAAAGAAUCAGGGAAACAAGGCAUUUCAAUCCCACGACUGGCCAAAAGCUAUUGAGCUUUAUACCCAGGCCAUCGAGUUGAACCCGGAAGAGCCGACCCUGUAUUCGAACCGAGCUCAGGCCUACCUGAAGACGGAAGCGUAUGGAUAUGCCGUUGCCGACGCGACCAAGGCAAUCGAGCUGAACCCAGGAUUUGUCAAGGCAUACUAUCGCCGAGCGAUCGCCUAUACGGCUAUAUUACGGCCCCGCGAUGCUCUCAAGGACUUCAAGUCGUGUGUCAAAAUCGACCCAGGCAACAAAGAUGCCAAGCUCAAGUUGGUCGAGUGCCAAAAGGUGGUGCGCCAGCUCGACUUCUACGACGCUAUCGAGGUUGGAGACGAGCCGUCGGCCGCCGCUGGCCUCGACGUUGCCUCAAUAGCAGUUGAACCCGACUACGACGGCGUCAAGCUGGGUGACGAGAUGACACAGGAGUUCAUCGACGACAUGAUGGAGCGCUUUAAGAAUGGCAAGAAGAUCCAUAAGAAAUAUGUUUACCAAAUCGUCAUAGCCGUCAAGGAUAUUGUUUAUAACGAGCCUACCAUGGUCGAGGUCGACGUCCCGGAGGACGUGACCCUUACCGUGUGUGGCGAUACCCACGGCCAAUACUUUGACCUCAUGGAGCUCUUUAGGCUCAACGGUACACCAUCAGAGAAGCACUGGUACUUGUUCAACGGAGACUUUGUCGACAGGGGUUCUUGGUCGACCGAGAUUGCGCUGCUUUUGUAUGCGAACAAAUGGCUCCGCCCGAAGCAGUUCUUCCUGAACCGUGGAAACCACGAAACAGACGACAUGAACCGCGCUCGACACAGGCACAUGACCGAACAAACUGCUGACUCCCUUGAUAAUCAAAAUAGGACGUUCAAACUUUUCUCGGAGAGUUUCUCGGCCUUGCCCUUGGCGACUUUGAUCGGCCAUAAAUUCUUUGUCCUCCACGGAGGGCUCUUUUCAGAUGACAAUGUCACCCUUGACGACAUCCGGAAGCUCGACAGGCAUAAGCAGCGUCAGCCAGGCCAGGCCGGUUUGAUGAUGGAGAUGCUAUGGACGGAUCCUCAGCCAGAGCCAGGCAGAGGCCCUAGUAAGCGUGGUGUGGGCAUGCAGUUUGGCCCUGACGUCACUGCGAGGUUCUGUGAAAAGAACGGUCUCGAGGCCAUCAUCCGAAGCCAUGAGGUGCGCAUGGACGGUUACGAGGAAGAGCAUAACGGAAAGUGUAUCACAGUUUUCUCGGCGCCAAAGUACUGCGACAUGACGGAAAACAGAGGCGCUUACAUCAAUAUCAAAUCCGAUUACAAGUUGCAAUUCCACCAAUUCGACGCGGUUCCGCAUCCCAACAUCAGGCCAAUGGCCUAUGCACAAAAUUCACUCAUGUCUUCGUUGAUGUGA